AUGGCACAAGCACCGCAUCUUCACGUGGAUAUAUUGCGUGGUCGUAACUAUCCGCAGACUGACGACGACCCGUGCGCGUGCUCAACACUGGUGCGUCUGUUAGUUUACAACGACACGCUGAAGGAAGUCCUGACAGAUGUCUUCACAACGCAGCUGCAGGAGAACUCCAACGCCCCCUUCUACAGCGCAAGCACUGACUUUGAGAUCCCAUCCAGUGUUGAGAGCGUCGUGCUUGUCGUGGAGGUGGUGGAGACAACGCGGCGCAUGGAGCCAUACGUGAUGUUCUAUGGCGCCCACACCGUCCGUAUCGCAGCGAGGGGCAAACACGAGGAGGUCAUCGUGCUCACGCCCAUCAACCCCGUCGAGGACGCCGAGGCGGCGGCGGCACGGGCGGCACAACAGGAAGCAGACAGCGCGACGCCCUGCCCGCAGCUAAGCAUCCGCUACCAAUUGCAGCGGCCAGGUAACGUGGAAGAGGAAGUGGUCGACGUGCACGCCGACGUGCCGCUGGCGGCACACCCCAACCUUAACGGCAGCUGCUGCAUCAUCCCGAAGGACUCGCAGUACGUGUGGGUCAACCUCAUCUCCGACGCGCGCUGGAAGGAGGCGUUCCGCGCCGCGCUGGUGCACGAGUGGCGGGACCGGGCGCCGCUGCAGUUGGACGCCGCCACAGCCGCCAGCUCCCCAGGCGACGCGCAGAAGGGUGGCACCGGCGCAAGGUCCAACGCGCGGGCCGGGCCAUCUGCGGUAACAGAUGUCCGCACCGUCGGUGAUGUUAUUCUCAAGCGGUGGUGCUGCUGCCGGUCGCACGAGGUCCUCACACGCCUGCGUCUCUGCGCCGAGGCGUUCAGCCGUGGAGAGAGGUCGCUCCACUUUACGCGGGAAAGUGAGUUGGCGUUUCGGCUGAAACGGAAGGAGCGCACGGUUAUGCUGCAGGAUCUUACCCAAGCCGCACUUACGAGUAUGGGCCACUCCGUGCUGAGUGAUGUUGUAUAUCAACUGUGGAUUCUCUUCUCGACAGGCAUCAACCACGAUCCGGCGGGCACGCGUGUUCUAACCUAUGAGGUACGCAAGCGAGUGAAGGAAAAUACCUUCGACGAUUUUGACAAGGCUGUCCUCCAGUCGAACAUGCUGAACUUCCUCAUCCCAUCGCUUAGCCUGGAACACUGCAAUGAACUCGUUACGGAGGACAUGAAUAGUGUGCCGACUGAAGCUGCCGAGGAAGCUAACAGCGGUGCCCAGGAGACCACCGGAGGCCCAGCAUCGAAGCCUACCGCUGAGGUCUUCUUUGCAAUGUCGCUACUCGAGAUUGUUGGCGCGAUGCUUGACACCCUCACGGAUACAGAGUUGGUGGCGGCCCUCAAGAUGUUUGCCCCAUCCGUCGGCAGCGCAUACCAGCGCCUUCAGAAUGGCGCCAAGGAUGAAAUGAAGCAACUACACUCAAAGGGCAGGUCACAACGUCAGCUGAAGCCGUACAAUCCUGGCGAGGGUAUUAAGAUUGAUCAUCUUGAUAUUCUUGGCCGUCGCAAAAAGAGUGUCCACCUGCGGUCAGCGUAG